AUGGAUCUUAUCUGGACCGAGUUUAGUCACUCUUCGUUCUCACCUGUCGCGUUGACCUCUUCAAGCCUGUUUACGGACUGGAAGACUGGAUUUGGCUGUCUUCUAGGCGGACUUGGCUUUAGUGGACUUGAUGAUCACCUCGUUCCACAAUACAAGCUGGCGGAAAGCUUUCACUUCACGAAAGCCGAGUUUCCCGGCAGCAUCAAGGAGCUGGCCGACAACUGGAAUGUGCAAACCCUCCAAUGGCUGCGGCUCAGCGUCUUUGAACGUCUGCCAAAGCAGUUCCGAGUAGUGGGCGUUUUUGUGCUUUCAACCAUCUGGCAUGGUUUCUACCCCGGCUACUACCUCUUCUUCGGCAGCAUGUUGUGGUACAUGUGGGUGGGUCGCAUCUUUAGGCGCAAAGUCCGCCCAUGGAUGCUGUCGCACCUACCGGAUACCAAAUGGACCGCUGCAAAAACUCCCUCUGGCAGCGCGUUCCGUGGCAGCUCAGAGAUCUACGAUAUCAUCACUCGCGUUGUGACCUAUUUCUUUGUGAAUUACACUGCUGUGGCUUUCGUCAUGCUGAGUUUUGAAGGGAGCCUCAUUGCCUGGCGGAAUUUUUAUUUCCUGGGCCACGUACUCUGUGCGCUUCUUCAAAUCACUCUAAUGUUUUGGAGCCCCAAGGUCGACGCGGUUCACGCAGACUCAACUGCCAAGCAGAAAUCGCUGUGA